UCCGCACUUCAUAUCAAAUCUCUUUGCUUCUCUUCUCUUCUCCACAUUCCCUUCAUCUCCACUCCUAAUAAUUCACUCACAAUAAUGUCGGUGGUGCUCGCCAAGACCGACUCGGAGGUGAGCAGUCUGACCCCGUCGUCGCCGACACGCUCCCCCAGCUCUCGCCGCCCAGUUUACUAUGUGCAGAGCCCGUCCCGUGAUUCGCACGAUGGAGAAAAGACUACCAACUCCUUCCAUUCGAGCCCUGUUCUGAGCCCAAUGGGGUCCCCCCCUCAUUCCCAUUCCAACUCUUCCUUGGGCCCCCACUCACGUGACUCCUCCUCCACCCGAUUCUCCGCCUCCGUCAAGCCCGGAUCUCGCAAGCCCGCCAAUCACAAGAUUCCCAAGCCUUGGAAGCGAUUCGACGCCAUUGAAGAAGAGCGCCUCCUCGAUGACGACGGCUCCUCCGACGGCUUCACCCGCCGUUGCUACUUCCUUGCUUUUGUUAUUAGUUUUGUGCUUCUUUUCUCUCUGUUUUCUCUCAUUUUAUGGGGUGCCAGCCGGCCUCAGAAACCUACCAUUCUAAUGAAAAGCAUUUUGUUUGACAAGUUCGUGAUCCAAGCGGGGGCAGAUUUUUCAGGGGUGGCCACCGGGUUGGUGACGAUGAAUGCGACGGUGAAGUUCAUAUUUAGAAAUACGGCGACGUUUUUCGGAGUUCAAGUUACUUCCACUCCACUUCAGCUUUCGUAUUCCCAGCUUACGCUCGCAUCUGGAACAAUGCAAAAGUUCCACCAGAGGAGGAAGAGUCAACGGGGUAUAACAGUAAUGGUAAAAGGAAGCGGCAUUCCGUUGUACGGCGGCGGAGCCAGCCUAGGUAGCGUGAAUGGAAAACCGGUGGAACCGGUCCCAAUGAACCUUCAAUUUACUGUCCGGUCGAGAGCCAACGUGUUGGGAAAACUGGUGAAGCCCAAAUUCUAUAAGAGCGUCGAUUGCAGCGUGCUGAUGGACCCUACCAAUAUGAACAAGCCCAUUUCUCUCAAGAACAAAUGCACAUACCGAUCAUCAGCUUAGAAAUAUAUUAUAUAUAUAUAUUUUUUUUCUUUUAUAAAAACUUGUUAGUUUAUAUUCAAAUAUCAUUAGUGUUGAUAGACACUAAUAUAUUUUCUUUUAUGAUUUCAUUUUGUUUUUUUUUUUUUUUUUUUUUGGUUAUUAUCUGUUUGUAAGAGAAGGGGUUUGGCCCUCCAUAUUUGAAUUUGAAGGUUGAAUGAAACAUAAAAGGUUUUUGGAUUGAGAUUUUCAA